AUAAAUAUAUAACAUAAAUGUUGCUUCAAAUCAAUGUUUUUUACUAGAAUCUUUAUUUAUAAUUCUAUUAUCUGUAGAUAGUGAUCCAUCCCACUCAACUGAAGCCUCUACAUAUACCAGGAGACAGAGAGAUGGAAAAGCUGACGCCGUUAAGCCACCUCUUCAUGACGGUGUUUUUGUACAGCUUCUCCACGUUUAUGGUGGUUCCGGCCAUGACGGACGUCAUCAUGUCCGCCGUCUGUCCCGGGGAAGACGAGUGUUCCGUUGCCAUUUACCUCACCGGCGUUCUGCAUGCGGUUGUGGGACUGGGAACACUGGUGAUGAUGCCUCUCAUAGGAAAUCUUUCGGACACUUAUGGGAGGAAAGUCAUGCUUACUGCUCCUAUGGUUCUCGCAAUUUUCCCAUCCGCGAUACUGGCGUACAGCAGGAGUCCGUACUUUGUGUAUGCCUAUCUGGUGAUUAAAACUCUGACUUCCAUGUUAUGUGAAGGAAGUGUGUUCUGCAUUGCCCUGGCCUAUGUGGCGGACAAUACAGCAGAAAAGCGUAGGGGAUCAGCGUUUGGGAUUUUAUCAGGCGUCACAUCUUGUGCUUUUGUAUGCGGAAAUUUAUUCACUCGCUUCAUCUCUACCUCCUCUGCUUUCCAGGUUUCUGCAGCAGGGACGGUAAUUGCAGUUGUGUAUAUGAGGAUCUUCCUACCAGAAUCUGUUGCAGGUGUAGGCAUUGCUGGUACUGGUGAUAAGACCGAGGAUGAAUCUCUUUUGGUAAAAGAUUCAUCAGAGAAUCUACAACUCUUCAAGAAUAUGCCUUCUUUUCGUGAUACCAUCUCUUUAUUGAAAACUAGCCCUACCUUUUCACAAGCUGCUGCUGUUGCAUUUUUUACCACUCUUGGGGAGGUUGGCCUUUAUACAUCGAUGCUGUACUUUUUGAAGGCUCAAUUUCACUAUAGCAAGGAUCAGUUUGCUGAUCUCAUGGUGAUUAAUGGGAUUGCUGGAACAAUAUCACAGAUGGUUCUCAUGCCCCUAGUUGCUCCUUUUAUAAAAGAAAAGAAAAUACUUGCAAUAGGGCUUUUUUUCAGCUGUGUACAUAUGUUGCUGUACAGCAUUGCAUGGUCUUCCUGGGUUCCUUACAUGUCUGCUAUGGUCACUGUUCUGGCUGCUAUUGGAUCUCCUUGUGUACGGAGCAUUGCAUCCAAGCAAGUUGGCCCAAGUGAGCAGGGAAAGGCUCAAGGGUGCCUGACAGGCAUAUGUUCUAUUGCCAAUGUUAUUUCUCCCCUGGCUUUCAGUCCUUUAACAGCUUUAUUCCUCUCUGAGAGUGCACCAUUCCAUUUCCCUGGUUUCAGUCUUAUGUGCGCUAGUUUUCUUGUGAUGAUAGCAUUCAUAUUGAGCAUUAUGAUGAGGGAAGCUCCUGUCGCAGAAACUUCCACAGAUGACAAUCCUGCCCCCAGUUCAGACUUAAAUGAGUGUACAGUAUAGGUCUAUAGCAGAAACAUGUCUCUCUUAUCUCAUGUAUAGUAUAGGUCUUAAGCAGAAACAUGUCUCUCUUAUCUCAUACUUCCGGGUGUUUCCUACAAUAGACUUGUUAAAUGCACCAGGGCAUGCGAAGCUCGGAAGUCAGAAGACAGCAGCAAGUCAGGUGUAAGUAAGAACCCUGAAAUUUACGGCCCCUUGUAAAAUUUACAUGUAUCGUUGUAAUUACCCUGUGACAGUAGAAACUUAAAAGUUCAUGGAUAAUAUAUAAGCAUUUCCCGACUUUUAAUUGGCAUAAUUAUAUCUUCAUCAUCUUACAGAACCGACUUCAAGAAUCUCUAUGACAUUGUUUUUUUUUUUAAA